CCAUAGAAACUCCCUAUUUUACACAACCCAAGAUCUCAGACAAUAAAAAUACACCGCGAAACACCGAAUCAUAUUCUCCGUUUCCCACAAUUAUUAAUCGUUCUCCAGCUUGUCGGGUCUUCUAUGUAAAUAAUUGCCAUUUCACGCUCUUAUUAAGUUAUAACAAUUCACAAUCAAAACUUUGAAAAAAGAAAAAAGAAAGGAGAAUGAAUCGUUUCGUGGUAAGGUCAGUGAUGCAAGGCCUGAUCAAUGGUCGAAGUUACUGUAGAAGCAGCAUCAGCAAUGGACAGGUCUACGGGGCCGCUAUUGCUGGGAGAAGCAUGCAGAUUUGCUGUCAACAAAACGGCGUCAUAUUUAGUGGUUUUGAGUGGAGAAGAAUGAUGAGCUCUGCCCCUCCUUCGAUGGAGAAAGCGCCGUCGGAGAAGGAAGAGAAAAAGAAUAAUUCGGCGACGGAAGAGAAGAAGGGGAAGGAAUUGUCGCUGUCAAGUUAUUGGGGGAUUUCAAGGCCUAAGAUCACUAGAGAGGAUGGCACAGACUGGCCCUGGAACUGUUUCAUGCCAUGGGAAACUUACAGGGCAGACUUGUCAAUUGAUUUGAAAAAGCACCAUGUGCCAAAGAAUUUUGUGGAUAAAUUCGCUUACAGGACAGUCAAACUCCUUCGGAUUCCUGUAGAUCUGUUCUUCCAGAAACGUUAUGGCUGUCAUGCUAUGAUGCUGGAAACAGUGGCAGCUGUCCCUGGUAUGGUUGCGGGGAUGCUUCUGCAUCUGAGGUCUCUCCGUAAGUUCCAGCAAAGUGGUGGAUGGAUUAAAGCCUUGCUUGAAGAAGCAGAGAAUGAGAGGAUGCAUUUGAUGACCAUGGUGGAGCUUGUGAAACCCAAGUGGUAUGAGAGGCUUCUUGUGCUGGCCGUGCAGGGAGUCUACUUCAAUGCCUUCUUUGUUCUUUAUGUGCUCUCUCCCAAACUGGCACAUAGAUUUGUUGGAUAUUUGGAGGAGGAAGCUAUCCACUCGUAUACAGAGUAUUUGAAGGGCAUUGAACGUGGUGGGGUAGAAAAUGUUCCAGCCCCUGCCAUUGCAAUAGAUUACUGGAGAUUGCCUAAAGAUGCUACCCUCAAGGAUGUUAUAACCGUGAUUCGUGCUGAUGAAGCUCAUCAUAGGGAUGUUAACCAUUUUGCUUCUGAUAUUCAGUUUCAGGGAAAGGAAUUGAGAGACGCUCCUGCUCCUCUUGGUUAUCGUUAACUCUUACAUCGGAUUAUGGAGACUCUUUUAGGGAUUCCUGUUUGAUGCAAACCUGAAUAAUCUUUCUUUUGUAUGUGGUGAUCAAUAGGAGUGAGCAUAGAUAGAUAGUUUGCCCUAUGGAAAGAAAGAGGGAGAGUGGCAUAUGAUAAUUUUCAAAUUUGGGUGAAUUUUAUGAGCAUUAAAAUUGACAUUUUCUUAGCUAUCAUAUUUUCUCCUUGGUUUCAUAACAGUUUUAGUUUUCGACUACAUUUCUGGAUACAUGUUAUUUCAUCGUUGUUUGCAUUAGAAAUGUCAACUGGAAAUUGCCAGUCUUCUAAUGUCAU